CCCAAGUCGUGCCUCUCUCUUUGUGGCUGUAGAAAGAAGAUGGCUCCCGUUCUGGAGAAGAAGUUCCUGGGCGCAGCCGGGGCAGGCGACACUAUGGAAAAUAGCAACGAAGACGAGGAAGGACAAAACCUAUGGACUUCAAUACUCAGUGAGGUUUCAACACGUUCAAGUUCUAAGUUGCCAUCCGGGAAGAACAUAUUGGUGUUUGGUGAGGAUGGGUCAGGAAAGACAACGAUUAUGGCAAAACUCCAAGGAGCAGAGCAUAGUAAGAAAGGAAGAGGCCUGGAGUAUCUGUAUUUGAAUGUCCACGAUGAGGACAUAGAUGACCUUACACGCUGUAACGUGUGGAUCCUGGAUGGGGACUUGUAUCACAAAGGCCUGCUAAAGUUUGCAGUGACAGCAGAGUCGCUGAACGACAGCUUGGCAGUGUUUGUGGCAGACAUGUCAAGACCCUGGACCAUCAUGGAGUCGCUCCAGAAGUGGGCCAGCGUGCUGCGUGAUCAUGUGGACAAGCUCAAGAUCCCACCGGAGGAGAUGAGAGAGAUGGAGCUGAGGA